AUGCCCCCGGCUGCCCUUCCAGAGCUCCUCAAGACCUUCCCAACCAAACUGCGACCCCAUCCCCAUUUGGAAGCAGGAGACGGGUCCCUCGGCCUCUCCCCUUCAUUCAGUGGGGGGCCGCGCCCGCCCCCGCCUCCGCCUCCCCGGCAGCGGCCUCCUCCUCCUCCUCCUGCCCCGGCCCUACCUCCAGCCCCCAGCCCCUUCCCUCCGGCCCCGUCCUCAGCCCAUGUGUCCCCGGUGAUGGCAGAGGCUGAGUGA